AUGAUGAAAUUAAUCGACUUAUUAAAACUAGAUAAACCACUGUUAUGCCCAACGUGUAAAAAAGCAUUCAAUAGUCAUUUAGAACUAGCUCUCCAUUCCAAAAAUCACAGCGAGUCUAAGAUACACAGCUGCCAUCUAUGCGGAUUUUCCGUAGCCACCAAAUUCCGAAUAAGAAGACACAUCAACGGUCACGCGGGUUACAAAUGUCAAGUUUGUAACAAAAUAUUCCGGAAAGCCCGUGCGGCAUUAAAACAUUCCUACAGUCACACCGGCGAGAAAAUGUACCAAUGCGAAAUUUGCGGUAAACAUUUAGCGAAUUCGAAAAGUUUAGAUACGCAUUUAAAUACGAUUCAUCAUGAAAUUAUAACCGGGAAACCUCUAGUCAAAUUCGACUGUCCUCUCUGUAAAAAACAUUACGAAUCGGAAACGGGUUUACGAAGACAUUAUUCCAGUAUGCACCGAGAAAUGGGUGUCGAUUUAACGGUGAUUUGUGAAGUUUGUGGUAAAAGAAUAUCGAAUAGAACUAGACUUACGCGACACAUGCGCACACAUACCGGACAAAAACCUUUCCCUUGUUCAAUAUGCGUUAGACAUUUUGCUACCAAGUGUUUAUUAACUUCGCAUAUGCGGGUGCAUACUGGUGAAAAACCGUACGUUUGCUCUUUCUGCGGUAAAAGGUUCGGUCAAUCUGCGCCUUAUAGGUAUCAUAUUAAAAUUCACACAGGAGAUCGUAGGUACAAAAAGACUAGAAGAAAAUAUACAAAAACGAAAAAAUCGAAUAGGAUAUGUAAUCGAAAUUCCAAAUCAAAAAUACAACAAUUGAAUACAGACAAUGGAAGAAUAAAAGUAACCAAAGAAAAAGAAAAUAAAAUUCAAAACUUAUUUGAUAACGAAGAACCAAGAACAUGUCCAUUAUGUGAGAAAACAUUCGAAAACCUAUUAGAUUUCGCUUUCCAUUCCAAAACUCACGAAAGCAACGGUUUCUACUCUUGCCACAUUUGCAACAAAAAAGUUUUAAAAAAGAAAUCAUUCGAAAAACACGUACUAUCUCAUAAAAGAUUCAAAUGCGAGAUAUGCAAUAGAAUCUAUAAAAGAGAAUCUACAGCACUGAAUCACUCUCAUAGCUGGGAGAAAGAUUUUGAUUGCAAAAUAUGCGGUAAACAGUUAAACUCCGAAUGGGGUUUAACGACGCACAUGGCGAACAUCCACAUGGAAAUCGCUUCGGACGGACCUUUAUUAAAACAUCAAUGCAAAAUUUGUCUCAAAUCUUAUCUGUAUAAAAGCGGUUUAAAAAUGCAUUAUUCUAGUCAACAUAGAGAAUUGGGAGUAGAUUAUACAGUUAUAUGUGACGUUUGCGGUAAAAGUCUUUCGUGUAAAAGCAAACUUAGACAACACUUGCGUACCCAUACGGGAGACAAACCUUUUCCUUGUCCUAUCUGUUCUAGAAAAUUCAUUACCAAAGAUCUCAUGACUUCGCAUAUGAGGGUGCAUACAGGGGAGAAACCCUACAUUUGUAUGUAUUGUGGUAAGGAGUUCGCUCAAGGUGCUCCUUACCGUUACCAUCUUAAAACUCACACGGGAGAAAAAUCGUGCAGCUGUCCGAUUUGCGGUAAAGGGUUUAUCUCUAAAGGCAACAUGAGGAUUCAUUUGAAAAGUUGUUUUAUCAAAAAAGAAGUUGUAACUGUAAAUAGAGUCGGUAUGGUCGUUAAUCCCCAAUGCACCACGUCUGCCUAA